AUGAACCAGCUCUCCAACAGCGCCAUACCAGUCGAGGAGUUUCAACGUGCACUAGCUCAAUGCGAGGCCGAGGCCGCUUUCUAUCGACAGCUUCUCGGCAACGUUGAUCCUGCCCAACCCACCACGUCACUCGGCCACUUUGCCGCGUCUGGCUCCUCUUCCAAGCACAGCGAUGCCGCGGUCCUGGCAGCUGCGGCCAUUCCGCGAAGCCGUUCGAAUAUGGGUCCCUCUACUAUGGAUACCACCGUGACCCAACCGCCCAGGAGCGGCUCAAAAUGGUCCGGGGCUGCCCAUCGGAGGAGAGCCUACUCGCAGCAGCAUCAUCCGGCCCAGGCCAUGAGCCGAAGCACGUCCAACCGAUCCGAUCAGAGCAUCUCGCUCCAGCCGCACGGCGCUGCGACGUCGUUCGGAAGCUCCCACUCGUUUCCUCGCAGCAGCCCAAUCACCCGGUCCCUGCCGAGCGUCCAGGAGCACGGCGGCCUUACCCCAGACGUGGGCAUGGACCCGGAAGUGUAUCUUGCCAACACUGGCUGGGUUGACGACGACAUGUCCUACGUGGCGUCGACCGGGACCAACCUGUCGCCUGACGACAUCUACGACAGCUUCAAUGAUGUGUCGGCAUGCCCGUCCAUGAUAUCCGCACCGUCCGUGUCGGAGCCAUCACAGCCGCUGACGCGGCAGAACAGCUCCUUCGACUUUGCGGCCAGAGACGGUACUAUGAUGCGUCUCGUCUCAUCUCAGUCUCAUCUGGCCGACGAGCGUUGCAGUCAGGAUUCCUACACUUCCUUCGGCAACACCCUGGAUCUGAGGGUCAAGGCAUCUGCUCGCGACCAGGACUUCUUUGGCGUGGGUACUGGCUUCCCCGAAGAGACCAAGUCCAUCAAGACGACCCUGUUUCCAGCGGCCGACUCGACGUCCAUGGAGCGAUCAGUCUCCAAUGCCAGCGUGACGAGCACCAGGUCAACUAGCUCGAACCUGGAGCGUCGUUGCAAGGAGGCGAUGCAGCGUGUCCGGCAGAACAGCAGCCGCAACAUCAUCGCGCCCAAGCCGCAGGUGGCGUCGGGCAGUGGCAGGGCGCCCGCCAGCUCUGCCCCGUCCAAGAAGGAUGGCAAGGUCGCGCUGCAAAAGACGCCGUACCAGCGGCCCAAGCACCCCAAGGUCUACUGCGAGCAGUGCAACGAGCACCCCGACGGCUUCCGGGGCGACCACGAACUGCGACGCCACCUCAACGCCAAGCACAAGGGCGUCGUCAAGAAGUUUGUCUGCCGAGACCCGGCCACCGUCGGCCUGCGCUCCAACGUCCAGGUGCUGUACCCCCUCGCCGACUGCAGGGCCUGCGCGUCCAACAAGCAGUACGGCGCGUACUACAACGCUGCCGCUCAUCUCCGACGCACGCACUUUAAACCCAAGGCGCCUCGCGGCAAGAACAAGAGCGCCUCGGACGAGAAGCGCGGCGGCAAGGGCGGCGGCGACUGGCCGGCCAUGGCCGACCUCAAGAUGUGGUACGAGGAGAUUUACGUCGCCAGCGACGGGUCCGGGACGCCUGACGACGGUGCAGACGAGAUUGAGGAGGACGCCCUCGAUGCCCUUGACGCCGAGGACACGUCCAUGGGCGGGUACAACGGCCUGGACGACGGCGAGCACUCCCUCGCGGCAGACGCCGUCUACGGCAUGACCCUCGCCCACCCCGUGGACGGGCAGUAUCCGGACGCGACCGGCGCCCUAGCGUCGACGACCGGCAUGCCACCUGCUGCUCAAAUAGGAUUUCUGCCAUACGGCCCCAUGUACGCGAUGGACGGCGCAGCGUCAGACUACACCGCGACUCACUCGCCAUUCGGGUCUGGCGUCUCGCCGGCCACGACAGUGACAACAGCGUACUUCGAAUCGAGUGCAGCAGGCAUGGCCGACUACAUGUGGCACAUGGACGACGUCUAA